AUGCUGGUUCAAGUGCUCGGGGUGAAGGAGAGUGCUGACCUGCAGGAAGGGUUUGGGUUUUUUUUGCAGCAUGUGCUGUCAGGCGGGCUGGAGAAGGUGCAUGGAGAGGGGGGAUGGGGAGACGGGGAAUGUGAGGGUGUGGGAAAAGGUACUGAAGAGGAGACAGGAAGGCAUGAGGGGCUGGAGCACGAUGAGAGGUACGGGGAGGAGGAGGGAGAGAGCAAGGUAAAGGUCCUUGCGGCUGCUAGGAAAGGCAGGAGGGUAAGGAAGGACUUGAAGUGGAGGGAGAAUGCGAGAGGGCCCGUGUGGAAGCGGUAUGUGGAUGGCAUGGCUUGGAUUUUGGAGCAUGGAGGGGGGGAAGGAAGAAAUUUCCAGUGCAGCCACUGCAGUGAAGGGGGCAGCAGCAGCAGCAGCAGCAGCAGCAGCAGCAGCAGCAACGUCAGCAGUUCUAAAGCCAGCAGCAGUACGAGCACCGGUGCUCCCAAGGGCAUGCACGUGAGUGGUGUAGGUGCGACCGAGUUCGCCCUCGCUGUCACCACAGCUUUGCUGAAACCAGAGCACUGGAAGGAGGCAGAGAUGUACUUUUAUAAUGCGAACCCUGCGAGCAAGAUGCAGGUAGAGAGAGCAGCUAUUCAGGUGGCUAGAAGGACGCUGCUGCAGCAUCGCUUAGAGCAGAGAAGGGGGAUGGAUGGAGGAGACCGGGCAGGUGUGGGAGGAGCUCAGCCCCCUCAGCCCCUCCAGCCGCCUCAGCCUGCUACAGCCGUUGCUACAAACGCUAGGCUCGUGCCUGUCGAUAGGUUUGGCGCCAUUCCCAAGCCUCUGGAAGGAAGCGGCGUUCCGCUGGAGUGGGAGGAGUGGCCUGGGGGCGAUGAAGCUGUUGCGAAGUUUCCUGACAACCCGAAAGAGCGAUGUUUUGGGCUUGGGAUUGUGGAGGAGUGUGGUGGACCAGCAGAGAAGCGGACAUCGCCUCAACCUCCUCGGCACACAUCUGAAGCAGAAGGGGAAAGCAGGAGGGCACGGGGAAAAGGUUGUAAGGCAGCAGGGCAGGAGUGCAGUGUGGAAGCCACACAGAGCAGAGCCAGUGGGAAAAUUGCUGAAGCACCUGGAAACGCCGAGCAGAGAGUCACACUACCACCCCCCAGAAGGAAGCUUCCUAUCGUGCGCUGCGAGGCAGAUGUGGAGUUGCUGGUGGGGCUAGCCGGGUACGUAUUGGACCCUCCUGCAUGUGCCCACUGCACCCGCUGCUCCACAGACUUCAUGAAUUUCGCAUGCUCCGUUGCUGUCAUUGCCAAUUUUGCCUAUCGCCCCGUCAGUCACCUGUUUGCCCAGGUUCUCUCGGCGUUCCCGCCUGCCUCCCCUGGGUUUGUGAAGCUGGUAGAGUGCCUGGACCUCCCUGCUCGCCUGCCCAGGCCUGUGAACGUGGGUGUGCUGCUGGAGCGAGCUGAGCAGGUGCCUCUAUAUUUUCUCAUUCACAUGGCUAUGUGGUGCGCGCAUCCUUUGCUAAAAAACGAUUUGGUCGAACGGGAAUGCGGUGGAAAAGGGAAGGAGGGGACAGGUGGGAGGUUGAAGGUGGAAAGGUGCUUGGAUGGUGAGGAGGUUCAGGAUAGCGGUGGAGAGGUGUGGGAGGAGGUGGUGAUGUGGUUUUCCUUGGUGAUGGCUGCGUGGAGGUUCAACGUGGGUGGUAAGGGAGAGAGCGAGGAGUGCAGAGGAACCAGGAAGCAGGAGAGGCCGGAAAGGGGGUGGGACAUUACAUGGAUUCUUGAGGCAGCGAUCAUCCCGAGGUACUGUGAGGGGUUGCAAGGGCAGUGUGGUUCUGCCAGGGAGAGCAGCACUGGCAGCAGCAGUAGCAACUGUGAGUGGAUGGGUGACAGCAACCGCAGUGAGAAGAAGUGUAAGAAGGGGGAGGAGCCGGCGCACCUGAAGGCAUGGCCAGGGGGGGUCAACCUGGUGGCAUGUUUGCGAGAGAUGCUGCUUGGGGAGCCUUGCUACCGCCCUGCCUCCCCUGCUACUCCUCCUGGUGGCAUGUCCACCCGUGCUCCUCCUUCCACCUGUCCUGCUCCUUCCACCCAUCCUGCAGCAGUGGUUUCUUCUCGUCCUGCUGCUUCACCCACCCCCAUUUCAGCAAGCACCCGUGUUCCUGCUGCUGCUGCUGCUGCUGCUGCUGCUGCUGCUGCUGCUGCUGCUGCUGCUGCUGCUGCUGCUGCUGCUGCUGCUGCUGCUGCUGCUGCUGCUGCUGCUGCUGCUUCAGAUGACCAAGGCCGUGUGUGCGGUGAUGCGGGGUGUGGUUGGGUGGAGGGUGGUGGUGGUGGGAAGCUAAGGAGUUGCGGUGGGUGUGGCAAGGUGGCGUAUUGCAGCAGAGGUUGCCAAAAGGCGCAUUGGCCCUCUCACAAGCUCACAUGCCCCGGCAGGACCAGCGGGAGGAGGCGUGGGAAGGAUGGGAACCGAGAUGGGUGCGAGAAAAUCCGCAAGGAGAGUGUUUGUGAGGGUAGUGGCGACAGCGGUGGUAAGCAAAGUGGGGUGAAUGGUGGAAAGAUGGUUGGCGAGGUCAGUUGCCUGGGGACAUGCGUGGACAGGCUCGAAAGCAUGCGCGAGGGGAGUUGGAUGAGUGGCGAAGUCGCGGGAAGGAAGGAAGAGUAA